UUGAUUCAGUCUGUGUAGUCUGCACGCAGAAGGAGGACGUCCGCCGCACAGCAAAGGCAAGACAGUCUCCAGAAGGAGAGAGGGGGGUGGGGGGAAACAGCUGCAACCGGAUAGUCAACAUCAACAAGCUGUAUGAGGCAUCUGUAAAGAAGGAGGAAUUUGACGAGUUCCUUGCGGUUAUUUUCCUCAUUUGUUCUUUUGGUUUCAAUAACAGAGACGUGGAGCGCAUUAUCCUACAAGUGGCGAAGAUGGUUUAGCGAAGCAAUUUGCCAGAUUUUUUCCCAUUUUUCUUUUUUUUCAGCUUAGUCGCCCUGUAUUACAGUACACUGUCAUUUCGAGCAGCAAUCCCCCAAACAUCUGCGGACGCUCGUUUCGGAGAGAUGGCUGUUUUCCGGCUGUCGUUGCUGCUGCAAGUAGGAUUUGUGAUUGGAUCACACUAUAAAUACGCGGAAUGGACAGCGCAUGGGAAGGACAUCAGACCACAGGAGGCGAUUUACGACGCUCAGACGCACCGUUGGCAGCUGGCGCAUCUCCGUGCGCCGUAUCACCCUCCCGGGGAGGUGGCGGUGCUGCCACAGAAAAUAGAAGAACCUCUUCCCAGGCUGGUCACGGCUUUUCUCCACACGGGAGACUCGACCACCUUAAAGCACGCCAACUGCACGCGGAGGUACGAACUCACCUCAUUGCGAGGAAGGUCACAAGCCACCCCGCAUUACUCCAUGAGCAGCGUGUUGGAUACAGUGCUGCACGCCACAAACUUCCUCAAUAUGAUUUUGCAAGCCAACAGGUCCAGGGAGCAGACUCUCCGGCGAGACAUUGAGUGGUACCAUGCCCUAGUCAGGAGUAUUCUGGAGGGAGACUCCAAGAUUCACCGGGCAGUUGUCACUUUUAGCGCAGAUUCGUCCGUAACUGGCCCCUCCGUGCUUCUCCAGGCGACGAGGGCGGGUGGAGAGAUAAUUCUCCAAGACCUCUCCAGCAUGGCCCACCGCUAUCUGCACAAUCGCACAGCAGAAACAGAGUGGUACCACAAAGUCAAAGACAGGAAGAAGCCCAGUUUCCAUAAGAGGGUCCUGAGCCAAGAUUUUAGAUCAGUUGACAAUUCUUUAAAAAGAGGAGAGAGUUUUAUUCCGGACAAGACGCAUGUCAAGUGGUCUGUUCCCUACCUGGAGUGUGAAAAUGGGAAUUUUGUUCCCCGUUGGCUUUUGACCUUAUCAGCUGCUUUCUAUGGCUUGAAGCCCAACCUGGCUCCUGAAUUCAGGGGUGUGGUGCGAGUGGACAUUAACCUGCAGGAUGUUGAUAUCGACCAGUGCUCCACUGACGGCUGGUUUGCAGGAACUCAUCAAUGCAACCUGACCACUAUGGAGUGUUUGCCAAUCCAUGGGCAUGGAUUUGUCUUAGAUAAGUACAAGUGCCACUGCAAGAAAGGAUUCUACCACCCCAACAGAGUAGCUGAUAAUGGGUUUGCAAGGAUGGGAAGAAAGGGAAAAGCUGCAGACAGUGGCCCCAGUGCAGACGAGGGCUCUUCGAGCGACUGCCUGCCAUGCCAGCAGGGCUGUGCCUACUGUAAGGAUGACACCCCCUGUGUGGCACGAGAGGACAGCCCUCUUCGCAUGGCUGUGCUUUCUUUCCAGUGCCUUUGCAUACUGACUGUCUUUGUUAGCAUGGUGCUUAUCUACCAUUUUCGCCGAAAUAAGAGUAUCCGAGCAUCAGGUCUGGUCCUGCUGGAGGCCAUCUUGAGUGGAGCUCUGCUUCUUUACUUUCCGGUCGGGAUUCUUUAUUUCCAGCCGAGUGUUUUUCGCUGCAUCCUGCUGCGAUGGGUUCGACUGCUGGGUUUUGCUACCGUCUAUGGGACACUGACUCUAAAAUUGUACAGGGUGCUCAAGGUGUUCCUGUCCCGAACAGCCCAGAGGAUUCCCUAUAUGACCAGCUGGCGAGUGCUUCGUUUACUGGGCAUCAUCAUGCUUAUUGUUUGCUGGUUCCUGGUGGCUUGGACAUCUGCUGUGUGUCAGAACACAGACAGGAAGUUGGCUCUCAUAGAUGUGGGCUACACGCCUGACGGACUGCAGUUCAGUAUGUGCCUGCUGGACCGCUGGGACUACAUGAUGGCUGUCGCGGAGUUCCUCUUCCUGCUGUGGGCAGUGUACUUGUGUUACGCUGUGAGGACGGUGCCUUCGGCCUUCCACGAGCCUCGAUACAUGGCCAUUGCUGUUCACAACGAGCUGAUCCUGUCAGCAAUAUUCUAUGUCAUCAGGUUCACUCUUGCUCCUGAGCUCCACCCAGACUGGAUGCUGAUACUGUUCUUCACCCACACCCACUUAACUGUAACAGUUACACUGGGUCUACUACUCAUUCCUAAGUUCCUAUUUGCUAGCACCCACAUGAGAGAUGAUAUAGCCUCUGAGGCCUACGAGGAUGAGCUGGACAUGGGUCGAUCUGGGUCGUACCUCAACAGCAGCAUAACCUCUGCAUGGAGCGAACACAGUCUGGACCCUGAGGACAUUCGGACACCAGACGAAAUGAGCCAUCACAGUUCUAUUAAUGGCUGUGGCGUAAGGUCUUGCGACAGUCUUUGGGAAAAACGUGCCAAUGAGGAGCUGAAGAAACUCUAUUCUCAAUUGGAGAUUUACAAGAGGAAGAAAAUGCUGGCAAACAAUCCUCAUCUCCAGAAGAAGAGGAGCUCCAAGAAAGGACUUGGUCGCUCACUAAUGCGGCGCAUCACUGAGAUUCCUGAGUCAGUACACCGGCAAUGUAGCCGUGAAGACAAGGAGGCUGGAGAACAUGGGAGCAAUCGUAACAGCACUUGCAUGUUGAAAAAGAACGCCUUUGAUCCAACUCACCCAGGAAAACCAGUGAAGGAGGAGUCGAUGAAGAACAAGGUGUUCUCUCUAAAGAAGUCUCACAGUAGCUAUGACCAUGUCCGUGACCAGAGUAAAGACUCCAACAGCUCAGCAACAGACAAGAUGGAGGUGACCACAGCUGAAAACUCCCUUCUAGAUACACUUAUAGACAAGAAGCUGGUCAAGAAGAAGUCUAGCGACAAUAUAAAUGUACAGAGUGAAUCUACAGAAUCAGUUCCUUUGGUCUGCAAGUCAGCCAGUGCUCAUAACCUCACUGCAGAUAAGAAACCAAUUCAUCCCAGAGCCUCCAUGCUACAGAAGUCCCUUAGUGUGAUUGCCAGUGCGAAAGAGAAGACUUUGGGCUUCACGGGAAAAACUCAGAGUGCAGAGGACAGUAAUAAGAAGAUUCAGUCAAAGAGUAAAGACACAGAGCCCAGUGCAGAGCCAGAGAAUGAAAGCCAGCUAAAAAUGAUUACUAGCCAGUCGGUUGAGUACAAAGAGAGUACAGCAAAAAGUCGAAUAAUGAAACAGCCGAUGAAUGGCAGCCAGCCUACUCUUUCAACUGAUCCAGUCAAGGCAAAAGAUCUCUAUGAUCUCUCAGAAGUGUGUCCUUGGGAAGUGGAAGAUCUCCCAACUCCAUCUGAAAACAAGGUCCAAAAGCAUGUUUCUAUAGCACCAAAGGAAACCACAACGGUUCAUAGAGGAAGCACCAAGGGAGGUAAAUCUAAGCAGCAGGAUCUGGCCAUUGGACGGCAGAUGGAAUCUGAAUGA